CACUUAAACCAGUCGGGUCGCCAUACAGAGUAAAGUUCUGUUUUAGUGACAGCCUCCUUAUACCCGUGAUAAGUAUCGGACCCACAACGCUGUCAUGCUUUCACUGAAAAGAGCUUGGAUUCGAAGUUUUCUUUUGAUUGCCAGUUAUUCUUUGCAUGGCUGGGAGAACUUCACUCAGUGUUUAGGACAUUGAGGUUAAGUGACUUUAGGCUUGAAGUUCUGCACGUGUCGUCCUCCUUCCAAGACGGUACAGUUAGGGACAGAGUGGAUAGCAGCCACCGAAGGAGGGAUGUGUUAAUUGGAUUUGUACAAUGAGUGGAAUUCUACUGUUAUUAACAUAACUACGACCUGUCUGCAGGAAUUAUAAAUACUGAGCUAAUGAGACCUUUUUUCUGGUUAUUCUUGUUUUCGUCAAGUUUUACUUUCUUCAGGUUGAAUCUUCUACAAAGAUAGGAAGACGGCUUGAGGACCCUUUUCAGCGACUGCCUGGGCCAAAAGACAUGAUAGCUUGUUAAUGUUGAAAGUCUUUCUUGGGAUCUGUGUUGCCAGGGAUGUUGAAAUCUGCGUAAUUCCCAGGAUACCUUGAAAUGAGCAAUGAGAAUGAAGAUACAACAUGAAGAAAACUGCUAUCUUUAAUAACUGAUUGAGAGUAUGGUGCUUAAAACAAGAAAUAGAAUGUCUUACCAAAAUGGGAAGGAAUGGUAAAUAAGUCUUCAUUGUUUGCCUGUGAUGGCCUACAUCUGUCUUCAAGAGGAAACUCAAGGAGACUGGAUCUGGAUGUACUACUGUUUAUGCCUUAUUCUGAACUACCAGUUUGCCACAUUUUCCAGCACUGAAUCUGGGCUUUCACCCCUUCUACUUUGCUGGCUUACUGCUCUUUUACCAAAAGUGGAGGCAAACUCUGACUGCACUAAGGGUAAAUUGCAAUUUGCAAUUGAUGGUCUUCUACUUUUAAAUAAAAGUAUCUCUACCCAUUGUGAACCAGAUGUAGAAAGUGAUCCAAAAUUGAUGCUGUAUACACCGGAGAUUGAAAGCUCUCCUGUCCGUAAGCUGCAUUGUUUCUUAGAAGAGUUGAAGGUCAUUUCAUAUGAAUGUGAAAAUAAAACAAUAAAAGAACAGAUUUCAAGAAUAAACUCUCAUUUAAUUUCGACUUUCAAUUUUACGAACCAAAGUGAAUGUCAACAGUGUGAAGAAUUUCCGGAGUCAGACAUCUGGUACAUGAAAAUUGUGAAGAAUUUGAAGAAAAAGAAGUUAAAGGAUUUAUAAAAGACUUUCUGGAACAUUUGCAGCGGAAAUAUGUUCUUUGUUAACCAAGACAUAAAAUGUAUAACAAUUAUUAUUAUUUACUAUUUGUUUACCAGGUAAGUGGACUGGUCUGUUGACCCUUUUCAGCCACUUCUUGAGAAUCAUGAUCCUUACAUAUGGACUUACAUGUACUUUGGUUCCAAUUUGAUUUGAGCAAUGUAUCAUAAUAAUGUAAAUAUUGCAGUUCUACGCAAAGUGUACAUUUGUUUAUUUAUUUUUUGCAAUAAAAUGUAAUAAUGUUUUUCUCACUUUUCAACUGUAUAUUUUUUAGAUUUCAUGUGAUUGCAUUAUAUUUUGUCAUAGUUGUGGAAAAGUGUGCAAAGCUGUAAUGCACAUCAUGUCUAACUUUAGAAACGUCAUUAUUAAGAUAAAUGAGUCACUACAUAAAAUGGUGGUUAGUGGUGUCUGGCUUUGGGGCACAGAGGGCUGAAUCUAUAACUAAGGCAACUGUGGUUCAAUUAACAGCCCUGGCACUGGGUGAGCAAAGCAGGAAAAAAGAAGAAGACUAAAGUAGCAUGGCCCUCUCAUCAUUCUUGGGGGGAGGGAAGGAUUGUGGGCACUUGGGUAACACACAGGGAAGUGUGGUUUCCCUGGUAGAUACCAGGAAACCAGUUCCUGUGCUUCAGGGUUGGCGGUAGGGAAGCUAGCUGCCAACUUCCCUUGACCACCACAAUCAAUUGUACAGCUCUCUUCAAUUGCUUAGCCAGACACACGUGCACAGACAGGACAGCAUAAAAGAUAAAGCCCUUGAGCUACCUCUGCUGACUGCCUGAAUGAUGGCCCCUGCCAGUUGAUGUCCAUCCUGAUGAUGGCGCUAUUAGCCUGGGGGGGGGGUGAAGAGUGCAAAAAAAAAGAUGGGUAGAAGAACUUGCCAUAAUAGUGGUAUCACAAGACACAAUUAACCGUAGUCAUCAGGAAUGUCUAAAUCAGCGCUGUUUAAAUGCCAAUUCAUUUCAUAUUUCUCAUGUGCAGUUUUAAAAAUCCAGCAGAAAUACUACCACAUGGUCUUUCUGUUUAAAGGGUUUAGGUGAAUUACUUUGCAAUUAAUUUGUAGUAAAACCAGCAUUCUGGCUAAAAACUGCAAAACUAAUAUCUACUGAAAAUAAAUAAGUAACAUAACUUGCAAGGCAAUAGCUGCAAUGCUAUCUAUUAGUUUAAGGUUUUUAUCUUCCUGCCUUCAUCAGACAUAUUAAAUUAAUACUGCAGAAUUCAUUAUUAUUUAUACUUAUUUAAUUUCUGAAAAUAAACUACUGACAUGUUCUGUUCGUAGUUCAAGUAUGCAUAUGCAUUUUUUUUUAUAUUGCAAAAUAGUAGUAGACCUGAGGAUGCCAAAAGCCGGUUUACGAACAAUAGUAGGUCUGAAAAUAUAAAAUGCAAACAGCAGUCAUUGAAGUAAACUGUUUAUUACAUUCCUACAGACAGUUAAAAUGUUUCAGGACUGUGUUAAAAAUAAAUACUGUUCUUCCUUCUGUCGUA